AUGCAGCCCUCGCGCCGCGCCCCGGCGCUGCCGCCGCUCCUGCUUCUGGCCGCCGGGACCUGGUGCCUCUGCCUCGCCUCCUCAGAGGAGCCCACCGCCGACGGCCUCACUUCCACCUCCCUGCUGGAGCUGGCCGUGAUGUCCCACCUGGAGGCCCUGAAUUCCCAGGAACAGCCCAGCCCCGAGGCCCCGGAGGGCGAGCUCGGCCCCGGCACCCUGCACGCCGCCCCGGGAUCCGGCUUUGCCAGCGAGGAGAACGAGGAGUCCAAGAUCCUGCAGCCCCCGCAGUACUUCUGGGAGGACGGGGGCGAGCUCAACGACUCCAGCUUGGACUUGGGACCCGCAACAGACUACAGCUUCCCAGUUUCCUCUCCGAAGGCCUUGCCUAAAGGGAAUGGGACGCAGGUGAAAGACGCCUGGGAAACGGCCACCUUGCAGCCACCGGCAGAGCCAGCCGAGCUGGAGUCGCGCACGCUGUUCUCCAGCACGCUGGAGGAGGACGAGGGGCUGCUCCCCAUAGACCACUUGAAAGGCCCCGAGCUCCUGCAGCCCUCCGAGCCAAAGGACACGUCACCUGAGCCAGCGAGCCAAGAGGAGUCCUUGUUCUCCGACCUGUUUUCCACGUCCUCUGUAAGAGCAGCUGUGGUGACCGAGGCAGCCGUGGGAAUUCAGGACGAGGACACUGCUCCUCUGGGCUCAGACCUUGGGAGCAGCAUGGGGCCAGGCGUUCUGCCCAUGUCAUCUGUUUUCUCUGCUACUUCUGCUGCGAGGUCCCCUGGUGUUUCAGAAGAGCCCUUUGAGGUGACAACUGGGGACAUGUGGGCUGUCGAGGGAGCAGAUUUGGAGCCAACUGUGACCACCUCAAGAACGGAGCUCACAGAGCCUUCAGUGGAGCCUGGUGGGGAAGAACAUUUGUCCAGAGAGGAGUUCCCAGAGACCACGGUGGGGUGGGAGAUGCUAGAGCCCACGGAGCUACCUGAAACGGAGCAGACGCUGGAAACACCUGUGGGCACCCCCUCUCCCAGCAGCAGCUCCUUGGACACCCAGACAUUUUCUGGUGGCGACCAGUACCCCAGUUUCUCCACAGCAACGUGGGUCACGUCUGAGGAGCCAGCCCUGGAUCUUGCCUGGAACGACACAGAGUUGGCCACGGAGAUGGUGGCAGGGGAGAGGAGCUUGUCCCCGCAGCCCGGGGACGCCCGCAUGGCUGUGCUGCCCACAGAAAUGCCCUGGAAUUCACCACAGGUAAUCUGCAAAGACUGGAGCAACCUUGCAGGGAAAAACUACAUCAUCCUGAAUAUGUCGGAUAACAUUGACUGUGAGGAGUUUCGGCUGGAGAGGGGCCCCCAGCUGCUGGCGCUGGUGGAGGAUGCCUUCUCCAGGCAGAUGGACGGGUUGCAGGAGCGCUGGCUGAUCUCGCUGAGCAAGCCCAAUGAGAACGACAAGCACCUGCUGAUGACGCUGGCGGGGGAGCAGGGUGUCAUCCCUACAAAAGAUGUUCUCAUGGCACUGGGGGAUGUUAAGAGGAGCUUAGCUGAGAUUGGCAUCCAGAACUACUCAACCACCACAAGCUGCCAGUCGCACCCCAACCAGCCACGCAGCGAUUAUGGGAAACUCUUUGUGGUGCUGGUGAUCAUCGGCUCCAUCUGUGCCAUCAUCAUUGUCAUGGGGCUCAUCUACAACUGUUGGCAGAGACGCUUGCCCAAGAUGAAGAACAUGUCGCACGGCGAGGAGCUGCGCUUUGUUGAGAACGGCUGCCACGACAACCCCACCUUGGAUGUGGCCAGCGACAGCCAGUCGGAAAUGCAGGAGAAGAAGCCAAGCGUGAACGGUGGAAACACCAUCAACGGCCCCGACAGCUGGGAUGUCCUCAUCAAUAAGCAGGCGAGCGAGGAGGUGGAUGUGUUCGAGGAAGACACGCAUCUUUAAGAAAGCAAAGCGAGAGCCACCUCUUUAAAUACAUUUGUGUCUCUUCUAUUUUGACUUACGAACCGUGGGAGCAGGGUGGCUGCUCAGGAACUUCUUAAAGGCUUGGGACAGGCCAAGGCUUGAGCUUGUUUUCAUGCUGCAAGUCCUGAGUCCACGCGAGAGGCUUGGAGCCUGAAGGAUCACUGAGGAGGGAAGUGGGAGGGGUGGGGGUGUAGGUCUGUGUGUGUGUUCCUAUCAGUAGCACCAACGCUUUCAUCACCUUUAAAAUGCACUUACUGUAGCUCUCUGGUAGUGGCUGAGAGCGGCUGGGCUUGGGAAACAAGGCGGCGAGGCUGUGUCACGAGGAACCUGGCUUUGGGGAGAAAAUUCACUUUGGGAGUCCGGCUGGGGUUACGGCAGCCAGGCUCUGACCUUGAGCUGAGAUGGUGAUCUGUCCCUGCAAAACCCGUGUCCCGCUCUGCAUGUGGGCAGCCAAGCCUCAGCAGAUACCCUGGGCAGAGAGUUUGAGUUCCACGUGUGCAGAGAGGUUUUCUAGUGCUCUAGCAUUAGCUGCCAACUGGAUGGGCUGAUGUUUACAUCUGGGGAAAGCAUCCCCAUGUGAUCUCUUUUUUUUCCCCCCUUCUCACCCCCCAAAGCCCCCCACCCCUUCUCCAGUCCCACAGCUCCAAGCUGAGCUUGCAGAGUUUGAGCACUUUAACCUGUCCCGGUCUGCUUGGCUGACUGCAGAGAAUUUGGUGCCAUGGUGCAGCAUCUUAGCUGGAAAUCUGCUUUAGGCUGGAGAAUUGCUCAAAAGGGACUUCUUACCUGCCUCCUUCACCUAACAGCCUGUGGAAUCAGCAGCAAAGUACCCCUUGUUUGUGUCUUAGUUUUAGAUCGGCGGGCCCUUCCCACUCCUAUUGCAUUUUCCAAGGUAGUUUCAUUUCAGUUAGUCUUUUGAGGUGAAUGUACAGCCUACACGAGCUUUCUAAACCGGAAGAAAAGCAAAAUUUGAGAAACUCAGAAAAGUUUUCUGGUCCUUGUUUCCAUUUCGGGAACCUGCCUUAGGCAGAAGUGUUUAAUGUCACAUUGGUGUAAAUCAUGGGUUACAUCUUUAAAAUUGCUGCAUUUAAACAAGCGUAGAAGAGAGUUUAGGUGUGAUCAGAAUCAGAUCUAAGAGCUCCCCAAUGGCUGUUUUUCAGCCAUGCCUCGGGCAACUUUGAGGCCCCAGCUCCCUGAGGAUGUGUGAUAAAAGGCACGUGAAUACGCAUAAUUGUGCUCUGAGCCCUGCCUAAACUGAGACUCAGAACUACUCUCAAGCCUGAAAUCCCAGGACAUUUGUUUCUUCUGUCACGGAGGGAUUGAGAGGCUCGCUUAGGUCAAAGGCAACAGUAUUCCCUUCCGUUUAUGAUCAGCUGCUUGCUUGCUUUCUGCAAGAUGCAGCCUUGUCUUUGGUCUUGAAGGGAAUCUUUGUACAGAAGUACCCCGGAUACGUGGCCUGAUGCUUAGCCUGUAAAUCUAUCCCUGUAUGUACAGAUAUUUUUAGCAUGCUCAUCCCUGAUGUGAGUGCCUACCAUCGAGAAACAGAAGAGUCUGUAGUUUCAUUUUGCAUAGCGCUUUGCAUACAGACUGAACUGCAGAUUAUUUCUAUGUAGGACCAUAUCGAUAUCAGUCUACUAUGGAUUCAAAGUGAUAGCCUUUGGUUUUUCUAUCCAGAUUCCAAUUUUGAGUGUUUCCGUCUGCCUCCAUAGCUUUCCCUGCGUUAUAUAGGAGAUAUAUCCCUCGGAUCUUGUUUUAUCUGUCGGUGGAGCUGCAGAGCCGCCCAAGAGCUCCCUGUCCUGCUGCAACAGGUGAUGGGGCUGACUGGUGUGGGGGGGGACAAGGCAGCAAUGCUCCCAGUGCCCUUCAGCACCAGCACUCUGCCCGACCUGGCUCUGCAGUGAACCCAUGCGGUUCAGGAGCUGCCUUGAUGGGGCUUCGGGGCUCCCAGAAUUAAAUGUAAGUGGUUGUUCUGACACGGUGAGUAAUUUAAGGCAUGGGGUUACAUUUUGAGUUUGUAUAGCACUUAGCAUAGGCCUGGUAUGGCUGGGGCCUUUAGACAGUUUCACCAUAUAAAUGUUUAUAAGUCAAGUAAUCCACAUGAAAUACACUUUUAAUACUUGGUGGCUAUUAAGAUAGAUAAAGCCACCAAUCAACUGUGAAUUAGUUCACCCCCAAAACACUUCCUUGGUGCACUUCAUUGCUAAGAGCUGCUUUGCUGCCCUCUUUUCUCUCCGCUUUACCAAUUCAGAGAAACACCGAGGUGCUGCUAGUGCUUCCUGUGUCGCAGUUGGGCUCAGCACCUCCUGAUCUGAAGUCUUCAAACUUUAAAUAGGCUAAGGUGGCCAUCCAGGCUCCUUAAAAUGCAGUGCUGCCUCUUGAAGCUGUCAACUAGCAACUCCUGGUCUGCUGCUCUGGCUUACUCGGGCCCGAUCGUAUUCCAGAGACUGAAGUGCUUUCUUCUGAAGCUGGAGCACUCCAGGGUGUCUUCAGAGUGCCCAAGGGUGACUGUCACCAAGCUGAGAACAGUAUUCUGAUGUCUCGGACAUGGUACGCUUGGCUGUAUAAUCUCAGUUUAGCUCCAGGAAUCUACUGGUUAAGAGCAUUUCAUUUUAAUAUGGAGAUACUUUUUAUACCUUUUCCAU